AUGCUUUUCUUUAUUCUUAGCGUCUUACUCGGUUCAUUCAAUGCGACAGGGUCGUGCCCUUCUAACACAAUCGCUUUCCGUUCGAUAGGAGACAAGUCAAACAGCCACCACAACCACAAUCGCCACCAACACCACAAUACAUACUCGUCAUCAUCUACCACCACGACAAAUACGAGUGCUCCCGGCACAACAACCGCGAAUACAAAUUCGACUGGCACGACGGCGUCAACCACCACCACGCGGCGACGUGCCGCCUCGUCCGCUGCCCACUUGGACGCCCCACCCGACCGCAUCAACGGUCGGCCCCAAAGUAGCGAACAAGGCAGUGGCAAACACAGUCGAGCGAGCUCUGAUCUGUCCCUGCUUCGAGGCGUGACGACGAGCACCUCUGGAGACCGGGACGGCUACUACCGCUCACAAAACUCUCGAUCCCCACGCGUCGAUUCCCCCAACGCACAGCAGCAAAUCAAUACCUCCAGUUUCGGAGCGGAAAUGACCGAUGAGAGAUCAACCCAGUCGGUACAAGGCAUGCUACGGUCGACCGGCGUCCGGCUCGAUGCCGGGCAGGACUCGUUCCUUGACAUUGAAGAGUCCGAUGCCGAAUCCCUGCGCCGCUUCUCCGAGGACGUGCCCAUCCUCCAGCGCAAUGACGACAACAUGUUCGACAUACCCGCCAAGGCAGCUGGCAUUCCCUUCAACGACCUGGUCGAGCGCCUUCUUGCGGCUCCCAUGAACCGCGCCGACGCUAAUUUUUCUGACGUCUUCCUCUGCCUCUACCGCAAAUUCGCCGCACCACACGAACUACUUUCAGCUAUUAUCUCGGCCCUGACUAAAACGUGGGAGGACAAGGCUUCCCAUUUUCUCGAGCGCACCGCCACCCAGUUUCGUUACAUCGAGGUCCUCAACCGCUGGGUGUCGCUCUACCCGGGCGACUUUGCGCGUCCGGCGUCGCGCAAGCAACUCGAGGUUCUCAUCUACCGCCUUGCCGAGGAGCCCAUUUUCACUCUGUCUGCGCAGCAAAUCAAGAAGCACCUCGACAACGAUGUGGCCGAAGACGACGAUACAUGGUGGGCCAAGUGCGACGACGCGCCUCAGGACGAGCCCACAGCUGCCGGUGCGACUCCAAGCGAGGAGCAGCCUCCUGCCGACAGCCUACGAUCUCUCACGCUCCAAAACUCGCAGUCCUCCGACCAGCCGUCCAGCGAAGCUGGUAGUGGCGGCGCUGGCGCCAGUGCCAGCGGAAGUAGUGGCACGUUAGCUGCCACCCUCGGCUCUGGACGGGGGCUGGCACACUUCCAAUACCACUCGUAUGAGGACUACGAACGCGAGGCCGCUACCAUGGUGCCCAUGGCAACACUGCCUCUCAACAAAUUCCGCUACCACAUCUUCAUGGAUAUGGACGCCAACGAGGUGGCCGACGAGAUUACUCGCAUCGACUGGAUUAUGUUUAGCAGUAUCCGUAUUCGUGACCUCGUGCGCCACGUCUCUCUAUCCGCACAGGAGAAGGAACGGUGUCGCUCUCUCCGGAACAUGGACCGCAUGAUUUCGCACUUUAACCAUAUCGCCAAGUGGGUAGCUAACAUGAUCCUUAUCCGCGACAAGGCAAAACAUCGCGCACCGUGCCUGCAAAAAUUUAUGGCCAUCGCCCUCCGUCUGCGCCAGCUGCGCAACUACAACGGCCUUGCCGCCAUGCUGGCCGGAAUUAACAGCACGGCUAUCCAUCGGCUCGCCCAGACGCGCGCCCUUGUCGACCCAGAUAUCCAAAAGAGCUUUGCACGCCUCGUCCUGCUCAUGAGCACACAAAAGAGCCACUUUGCCUAUCGAUUGGCAUGGGAGAACUCGCCACUGCCACGCAUCCCCUUUAUGCCACUGCAUCGUCGCGACCUUGUCAGUGCCGAAGAAGGAAGCCGUACGUUUGUUGGCCCGCAGGGUGAUCGCGUUAACUGGAAGAAGUUUGAGGUGCUAGGCGAGGUCCUGCUGCCUCUCAUGAAGAGCCAAGGCACACCCUACCCGAACCUCAAGAAGCACCAACCGUCACGCGAGAUGAUUCUCGACUGUCGCAUGCCCAUGGACGAAGAGGACAUCUACCAACGCAGUGUGCAGGUCGAGCCCACUGGCGGUGCUGCGGACCUCAAGAAGAAGUUCCCCUGGCUGCCGAAAUGA